AUGGUUGCAGGAUGGAGAAAAGCGUUUUACACGUCCAAAGACAAAGACUCCAACUCCAAAGUGUUAGUAGAGACACACGGACACCCCCAACAUCUGGACUUGGAAAACAUCAAUGGAAGUCCUCAAAACAACCUCCGUUGUCGAACCUCUGAUUCCAAUUCACCACUUUCCGACAACAAAAGCAAUAACAGUCCCAAGUGGUCAUCAUCAUCAUCCCCUAAUUCUCCAUCAUCUUAUUACACUUUUCUCAAAUCUACCUUAGGCCUUUCCAAAAGUUUAUGUGGAAUUUGUUCCGAGAGUGUGAAAACUGGUGAAGGAAAAGCAAUUUUCACAGCUGAAUGUUCUCAUAUUUUUCACUUUCCAUGCAUAGCAGCUUACGUGAAAAAUCAACAAAUCACCACGUGCCCGGUAUGCGGCACUAACUGGAACGACCUUCAACCAGAGAAAACUAACUCCAAAACGACGACGUCGUUGAAGCUCCCAAACUACAACGACGAUGAGCCACUCUUGUCGUCUAGCUCGGUUUCACGUUUCAACACGAUACCUGAAUCAGAUGAAAACGAAGAAGAAGAUGAACAACAAGAAGGAGAAGAAGAUGAAGAAAACAUAAAACCUAUUGAAUUUCAAGGCUACGGUGUUUCUUCCACUAGAUCGUUUGAUGCGUUCUUGUUACCAGAGUCUGCUCUUAUUGCGUCUAACAAUAGUUUCAAGACUUUAAUUGCAGUGUUAAAGGUGAAGGCAAAGCCGUAUAAUGUAGUGGCAAAUCGGCCGCCGGUGGAUCUCGUGACGGUGAUGGAUAUCGGUUGUUGUGUUUCCGGUGAAGAUUUUUUGAUGCUGAAACAUUCAAUGCAAGUCGUAAUAUCUUCGCUCGGUUCAUCUGAUCGUCUCUCGGUUGUUUCAUUCUCCAGCGGAUCCAAACGGCUGUUUCCGUUGCGGAGGAUGACUGGCCGCGGUCGUAGAUCGGCGUGUCGCAUUGUAGACGCGCUUGUUACUAAUGAGGUGAACGGUGAUGAAGCUCCGGCGAGGAAGGAGGCGGUGAUGAAAGCAGCGAAAAUUCUAGAAGAUCGUCGGCAGAAGAAUUCUGUUACCAAAAUCAUACUCCUUACAAACUGUUAUGAAGAUAGGAGAUUAUCUUCCACGCGCUGCUCUCAUUUGAAAAUCCCUGUUCACGCUCUUAACUACUCACGCGCGCUUCAUGAUAGCGCGUUUUCAGAACGCGUCUUGAAUUUAUUGCGCGUGGUUGCUCAAGACAUCAAGUUUGAAUUCCAUAACACAACCUCGGAGGAGAUUGAAAUCGCCGCCGUUAAAUCCCCGUGUUCCGCCACGCUCGGAGAUAUUCAGGCGGAUGAGGAGCGUGAGUUGGUUGUUGAGUUAAAAGUGCCAUCAUUUCAUGGGUCCCACAGCCACGUUCUUUCCGUACGGUCCUCAUAUCGUGAUCCAUUUACUCAAGAGCUUGUUCAUUCUAAGGAGCGUUUGAUUAGUACUCCACGUUCCCUCCCCGUAGAAUCGUUAGACCCGAAGAUCAAACGGUUGAUACAAUUACAUUGGAGCGUUCGAACGAGCGCUCCAAUAAAAAAAUCGAGUCCUGAAACGGUUCAUGAAUGGUUGCGGAGACUUCAAGCUGAAGAAAAGGUUGAGUCGUUCACGCCGAUAUCGGCUUGGAAAGCAGCUGAGAAACUGGCUAAAGUGGCUAUGAUGAGAAAGUCUAUGAAUAAAGUCAGUGAUUUACAUGGCUUUGAGGAUGCAAGAUUUUAA